AUGAACAUACUGAACAGCCACCAUUUUUUGUACUUUCUGCCUACCACACGCCUUGUCAUCUUAUUAGCAGCUUUGACGACUGCUGAGGAUGUGACUAACAGCACUUUCAACCACACUGACAUGAACAUAGGAUCUGUGCCUGUGGUGAUCUCCCGCGUCGACCAUAUUAUAGUCAAGGAGGGGAGUAGUGCCUUGAUCGACUGCAAUGUCCAAGGUAGUCCUAGUCCACAUUACAGAUGGUACAAUUCUAAUGGCCGCCUGCUCCAAGAGGAGGAGAAUAAAGCAGGAAAAUGGUGGUUUCUUGACAAUGGGCUACUAAACAUUACCAGCGUGUCUUUUGAAGACAGAGGUAAAUACACGUGUGUCGCAUCUAAUAUGUAUGGCAGUGUUAACAAUACCGUGACGCUGCGGGUUGUUUUUACCUCCGGAGAUAUGGGAAUCUAUUACAUGAUUGUCUGCCUUGUAGCUUUUACCAUUGUUAUGAUACUGAACAUUACUCGGUUAUGUAUGAUGAGCAGUCAUCUGAAGAAAACAGAAAAAGCAAUCAAUGAAUUCUUCAGAACAGAAGGGGCAGAGAAACUCCAGAAAGCCUUUGAGAUUGCAAAGCGUAUCCCAAUUAUCACUUCAGCCAAAACGCUCGAGCUUGCCAAAGUAACCCAGUUCAAGACCAUGGAAUUUGCUCGCUAUAUUGAAGAGCUUGCUCGGAGCGUACCUUUGCCACCUCUCAUCAUGAACUGCAGGACUAUAAUGGAAGAAAUUAUGGAGGUUGUCGGUCUGGAGGAGCAAGGACAGAAUUUUGUACGGCAGACUGCAGAAGGCCAGGAAACCACUGAAACAGAUGAGCUGUAUAUGAUCCCGAAUGCUUUGAAGCGCAGUGACUCUCCCACAGCUGACUCUGACGCAUCGUCACUGCACGAGCCACCUCAACAGAUUGCAAUAAAAGUGUCAGUUCACCCGUUGUCCAAAAAGGACUGCAUGGACGGUCAGUCACAAGAAAGCAUGCAGUUGGACACCAAGGAGGAAGACACUCCUCAAACACCAGCACUUCCUGCAGAGCCCCCUCCUGAGCCUUCUGCUGAACUCAGUUCUGAUGACACAGCAUUGGCAAAUGACAAAAAUACAUGCGUUAUAUAUGAAAGCCAUGUAUGAUAGUUACUCCUGAA